ACAAGAACCAUGGCGGCUGCAGCUGCCUGUGGACCGAACAGCUCGGUUCUGACGUCGCCACUCGGAACCAGAGAACACAGCCGGAAGAACCGGGAGAAGUCCCGCCGAAGACACGCUGCUCUCCUGUUCCUGAACAACAUCUCUCUGGACGGUCGGCCGGUUCAGAACAGUUCAGCCCAGCCCGGAGGGAGCUGCGACAACAAAGAGACCCAGUUCGAUACGAACAGCUCCUGCUCGGCGGCAGCGGAGUUCUGCUCGGAACCACAAGCCACGAACAGCUGCGGGACGGUAACCGGGCUUUCCGGGUCACCGAGCGAUGGGGAGGUCACCCCCAGCCCGGUACCGAGGAUCGGACUCGCCAUACCGCCCAUUCUCGUGCUUCCAUCCGAGCCGGACUUUAACGACGCGGGGAGCGCGGAGGUUCUGCUCGGGUGUCGCCGAGGUUCGGUCCCGUCCCCGGGCUGCAGUAACCUGCUGUCCCUGUCCCCGUCCAGCACCAGCCUGCUGCCGUCCCCGCUGGGUCCACGGAAAUCCCCCACGCUGCUCUCUGUCCAGAGCUGUAGCUCUGUGUCUUCGGAACCGAAGCCCAGAAGUCGUAACCUUUCUGGUGGUUCUUCAAGACCUCGACACACCAAGAAGAUCCACUUCAUCAAAAACAUGAAACAGUACGACACCCGAGGCAGCAGAAUUGUGCUGAUCUGUGCUAAGAGGUCUCUGUGUGCUGCGUUCUCUGUUCUACCGUACGGAGAGAGCUUUUACCUCAGUGAGCCUGCAUUAAACCACCCCAGGAGGAGACACUCUUCAGGAAACAUCUCCACCACCCUAGAGAUGCUGCCAGGCCUGGAGGGCUUCCAACUGAACACCUUUGGCAGGUCUGUGUCGUAUGCUCAGUUUCUGUAUCCCACCAAUGCUCUGGUGAGGCAGAAACCAUGUUCUACUAGUGAACUGAUGCUACAGAUCCCAGUGUCCAGGAGUACACACAGCAUGCUGGGCAGAAGUUAUCCCUCCAGCCAACUGAACAGCACCAUGGGCCUGGACCUAGGUGUGGAUGAUGCUACAGACUAUGACCCGAACCUCCUCAGUGACCCCCAGUGGCCUUGUGGGAAACAUAAACGAGUGCUGAUUUUUGCCUCCUACAUGACGACAGUUAUUGAGUAUGUCAAGCCAUCUGAUCUGAAGAAAGACAUGAACGAGACCUUCAGGGAGAAGUUUCCUCACAUUACACUCACCCUCAGUAAAAUACGCAGCUUGAAAAGAGAGAUGACAACAGUCGGGGAGGAUUGUGGCCUGCAGCCCGUCGCCAUCGCCAUGGCGUUUGUCUACUUUGAGAAGCUGGUACUCCAGGGUCGACUCAACAAACAGAACAGGAAGUUGGUGUCAGCUGCCUGUAUCCUGUUAGCUGCUAAAAUAAGCAGUGACUUGAAGAAACUGGAGGUUAAACAACUUAUUGAUAAACUGGAGGAGCGUUUCCGGAUCAGCAGGAAGGAGCUCAUAUCCUUUGAGUUCAUCAUUCUAGUCGCUCUGGAGAUGGCGCUCUACCUCCCUGAGAGUAAGGUCCUGCCCCAUUACAGACGGCUGGUGCAGCAGCAGCAGGUGUAGCUGGUCCACCUCCAUGGUCCUCAUGCCUAACCUGAGCUCAGCAGAGCCUCUGCUGCCUGGCUCAAGGGAGCAGCGGCACAGAGAGACAGGACACCAAAGUGACGACACACUGUGAGCAACAGGACUCAUCUGUCCCUCGAGUAAAACCUGAUGGACUCUGAGCCCGUCAGUCUGCAGCUGUUACUGCUGGGUUGAUAGAAAACCAAUCCUUUUUUACUUAUUAUUAUUAUUAUUGUUAAUAUUGAUAUUUGACAAUCAAUUCACUGCUCCUAAAACCUUCAGAAUAACAACAGAGCUCCACGGCAGCUGGUCUAAUUUAUGGCAGAGGAGGGUUUGAGAUUAAAGUUGAAAUAUUCCAAGAAUAAAAGCUAAAAAUGGCAGAAAUGAAG